CAAACUUUCACAUAAAUAAAUACGUAGCUACGUACUUUCGUAAUCACUUGCUGCUGUCUUAAUACCUUUAAGGAUUAUACAUUUUAUAUAACGUUUAAUUUACAAAAGCAUGAAGAUCAAUGAAAAAAUGGCGACUCCGAUAGAGGAAAAAGUUGAUCAAAAUUUAAAGAUUCGCACUGGCAUGGUAAAUGUCAGCGAUGGCAAAUCGAAACCCGAACCACUUAGACUGAAUUUAACUAUGGAACUGGUGACACUGCAAAGAUUAGAAAUUGUUACGCCCACAAAUCCACAAAACGGACCACCCAGUGAAUCAAAAGAACGCAUGGUGCAAAUCACGCGUCAAAAACAAGGUGGCCUUGGCUUGAGUAUAAAAGGUGGUGCCGAACACAAGUUGCCCAUAUUAAUCUCACGCAUUUAUAAGGAUCAGGCAGCUGACAUUACGGGACAAUUGUUUGUGGGUGAUGCCAUAAUUAAAGUCAAUGGUGAAUAUAUAACAGCCUGCCCUCAUGAUGAUGCUGUGAAUAUUUUACGAAAUGCCGGCGAUAUUGUUGUAUUAACGGUGAAACAUUAUCGUGCAGCAACGCCAUUUCUACAAAAACAAUUGGCAAAAGAUACACCAGACUCGGAUAAUGAUACAACAUGUGCUGAACUAAAGGCUGAUGAAGGAUACAAAUCCUCAGUGAAUAAUGGUACCAUAAGUCGUAGCUGUAGUAGACCAAUGUCAAUUUGUUCAGAACCUGAAAAGAAGUGGGUUGAUGUUGUGGCAGUACCCCUAAUGAUGGCUUAUGUGACACGUUAUAUUUAUGGCACUGAUAAAUUAAGACAAAACGCUUUCGAAGUUCGUGGAAUAAAUGGAACCUCAACUGGCAUUAUACACUGUGAUGAGUUGGCGAUUUUGAGUCAAUGGCUGAAAUUAAUUAACGACAAUGUAGUGGGUUUAACACAUUUACAGAUGAAACUUUACAACCGUAAUUUUGCUGUUGGCGAACGCAUCGAAUACAUGGGUUGGGUGAAUGAAGGAGUCAUCAAUAACAACAUUUCAUGGCAGAGCUAUAAACCACGCUUUUUAGUAUUAAAAGGCACCGAAGUGAUGCUUUUCGAAACACCACCGCUAAAUGUAGCCGGCUUGACGAAAGCUCUGGUUGUCUACAAAGUGUAUCAAACAAUGUUUCGUGUUGUCAAGGAGUCGGAAACUGUUGACAGUCGUCAACAUUGCUUCCUGCUGCAGAGUGCUGGACAUGAGCCACGUUAUCUGAGUGUGGAAACACGUCAGGAAUUAUUGCGCAUUGAAAAUAGUUGGAAUGCAGCCAUAGUAACAAGUGUUAUUAAAUUAGGGCGCAAAACUUUUGCCGUCUCACAUCAUGGAAAGAGUGGAGGACUUACAUUAGACUGGCAAACUGGCUUCUCAUUAGCUGAGGGUGCUGAUUCAGCCAUAGUGUGGCAAUAUAAAUUCUCACAAUUGCGAGGCUCCAGCGAUGAUGGCAAAUCAAAAUUAAAGUUACAUUUCCAGGAUCAUGAAACGCGAGCAAUUGAAACAAAAGAACUAGAAUGUCAAGUGCUACAGAGUUUGUUGUUUUGUAUGCAUGCAUUUCUGACAGCUAAAGUUGCGUCUGUUGAUCCAGCAUUUUUAAGUUCCAUACAACAGACUUAAACUCAUUACAACUGCAAAUGCAACAGUUUUGUUUUUUGCCAUUAAAAAAUUACAAAAAAAAUUAAAAACAAAAAACAAUCCAUUAGAGUUGUACGAGAGUGCUAUACUUAAUAACUAAAUAAAUAAAUUGAAAACAAAAAACAAAACUAUGUUUAUAAAUAAGUAAGUAUGAAUUUACAUAAAUAUUUAUAUCAAAUUAUUAUUAAUUAAAUUAUUUAUUACCA